AUGUCUAAAUUUGAAACAAUAAUAAAUGAAAUUGUUGAAUCAUGUCCACCUGGAGAAAUUGAAUCAAUUUAUUCUGAUCUUUUAAAGAUAACAGGAUCAGAUAAUGAAACAAGAAUUUUAGAUUCAAUAAAGGUACAUAAUGUGAAAACUAUCUCAACCAUUUCUAUUCCUAGUCUUGGCAAUAAGAAAUUCAUAAUUAGUGAACAUAAUGUUGAUGAUAGUAAAUUUGUUGAUUAUAAUAAUCAUAUUAGAUUUUCUGUUGACCAUUUGAAAUUUGAAGGGAUUGAUGUUGAAGAAGAUGUCGAGGGGUUAGAAUUGAAUGAUGAUCAAAUGAAGAUUUUUAAUGACUUAGAGAAAUAUGUUAAAGUUGGGUUCCCAAAUGAUGAUGCUACUAUUGGUGUUUUCCCAGAUAAGAAUGAAAGUAGUAGUAGUUUUAGUAGUAGUAAGAUUCAUAUAAUUAUUGUUUCAGAAGUUUUCAAUCCAAAUAAUUAUUGGAAUGGGUCAUGGAAAUCUCAAUAUGUUUAUGAUACAAAUAAUAAAAAAUUGAGUGGAGAUAUUACAGUACAAAUUCAUUAUUUUGAAGAUGGUAAUGUCAAUUUUACAUCGAAGAAGGAUAUUGAUAAUGUUUCGUUGAAUGAUAAUGAAAAUGUUGUUGAUGAUGUCAUUAAAAAACUUGAAACUGAUUUUGAGAAGGAAUUAGAUGUUUCAUUUACUAAUUUGAAUGAGAAGCAAUUUAAAUCAUUAAGAAGAAGAUUACCAAUUACUAGAUCUAAAGUGAAUUGGGGGAAAGCUAUUGGUAAUUAUAGAUUAGGUAGGGAUGCCGCUAAUGGAUUACAAUGA